CGGGGCCAAACUGGGUGCAAUCGGCCCAGGACCGGCCCUGUGUACCACGCUACUAGACUGUAUGUGCCUCCUUUACUAGUUUUCUCAGGUGCAAGCAAAAGUGGGAAGGUGGAAGUUAAGCACGGUCGUGUGAUUUUAUCCAUAUACAUUCAUUCAUGUUAAUAAAUGUAUAUAUUGUUUUUUAGCACCGUUUUGUGUGAACCAGUGACACCACUAUUUACAAUAUUUACUGACCUUUGACAUAAAAUAUACAGCUAAUUUAGUAUGACUCUUUAUUAUACGAGUUUAUAAUGUGCAAAACUCCCCUAAAGGGCCCCUGUGUACACAGCCUAAUGCCUCCUCCCCGACCCCUGUCCACCAAUCGGGAUCUAGAAGAGGCGUGUACCAGUUGUGCACCCGUCUGUGCACACAGAGCUCCAAGAAUACAAAGGGGACACGCUGACCUUCACAUUUCAUGCUGAUAUAACUUAAUUCAGUUGUAAUACUCUGAUUUAACCAGAACAAGCCUUUUCCAAAAAGGGGAGGGGGGCAAGUACAUUGCAAAGUGAAUCCAGCGGAGGAGAAAAAUACAAGAGAAGCAGUGUUUAAAAGGAAUUUCUUGGAUGUUUGUGCCUUGCUUCAAGAAGAACUACUUGCAUCCCUAGUGACAUAACUAAAUGUAAUAACAGUAAAAACUGCUGUAAAUACUACACAUUUUAGAUGAGAUAGCAGAGAACACAUAAAUCAUUAAAUGCAGGAUAUAGUGGCAGAUAUGCAUUUUUAUGCAUAUGCAUAAUUUCUUGGAAUUAAAAUUUACACAAGUAAAAUAAAAGGAACAUUAGAUAACAGCCCUACAUGUAUUAUGCUAUAGCUAACACAAAGUGUAUCUUAUUUAACAUUUAGGCUGAGGCUUAACACAUUAUAUAAAGCAAGGGGAUUGCAUAGUGUUCCAGGGAAAUGUCAUUUAGUGCCACUAUUCUAUUCACCCCUCCACCGGGGCACAGUGAGGAAAAGUGUGGAUGCAAAAGUGAAGGCAUUCAAGCACGCUCUGUUCCUGUUGAUGGUGUUACUCCCAUCAAUGUGACUGGAGAUGGGGUAGCAGUUCAGGGAUGUGAACAACUUCUACACCUUAUUUAUCAGCGUGUUGAAAAAGCUGUAGGUAUAGCCGAAGCUGCACUAGAUGUGGCCAAGGCCAACAGUAACCUUUUAAGCCAACUCCAAGAAGAGAUGAGUGGUCUCAGAAAACUUACUGAAAAUACAGAGAAAGACAAAUUUCCAGUACAAAUGCCAGCUGCUAAUACAAAAUGCAAAAUAUCAGAAGAUGAAGAGGUGGAGGAAAUUCGUGGUGUUCAAGUGGUUAUUGAAGAACUGAGACAGCUGGGUGCAGCAUCUGCAUCUUUGGUACCUGGUUUUCAUACACCAUCUAUGGACAGGACUCCAAAGGAUGGAUGCCUGAGUGCAGGCCCCUCUCCCGGUGAGGCUAACCCAUUGCUUAGCCCUAUGCAUGUGCCAGUUAUUGAUGAUUUUUUGAACACUGAAGCCCCUGCUGCAAGAAUUCUAGCCCCAAGUUUUGUAAAGCAUCUCACUACAUCUCGCCCUCAUGGAGAUACAGUUGAAGUUCUAAGCGAGUCAGCUCCCCCAAUUAUGAAGCCAACACUAUCAACACAUUCUCAUCUGCUAAUACAGAGGGAUGGCUCUCUUAGUCCUGGUGGUAUAGUGAUGGCUGAAACUUCUUCAGCUUCUGCAGAGAUGAGGCCUUCCAUUUCACCACCACCACCAUUGGCAUCAUUUUAUGCAUGCACAAGCAGUCGGCAGCGUGGCAAUGGACAAAAGUGCUCCCGCCGGAAACGGGAUCUAGUGCUGUCAAAACUGGUUCAUAAUAUUCACAAUCAUAUUUCUAAUAACAGACGAUUCAAUGGUUCAGAAAGCAUCAAAUCAUCCUGGAAUAUUUCAGUUCUAAAGUUCCUGGUGGAGAAGCUAAAGCAAGAGUUGGUGUCCAGCAUCAAUCAUUACACAGACAAAGAACUAAAAGGUGCCUGUGUUGCUUACUUCCUGACUAAAAGGAGAGAAUAUCGCAACUCUAUGAAUCCUUUCAAAAGUCUUAGAGAGAAAGAGGAAAAAAAGCUCAGAAGCAGGAGAUACAGACUCUUUGCCAAUCGUUCAUGGGGAGUGCAGCAAUUCCCUGUAGAGGACCAAGCUUUGUGGGAAGGUGUUACAGAGGAGCUGAUGUCAGAUGAAGAGGACAGUAUCUCAGAGCCAGGUGUCUGGGUAGCACGACCACCACGUUUCCGAGCACCAGAACUCACGCGGCUUUGUUAUCGUAUUGAUUCACACUCAAAGCAUGGCAAUAAAACAAAUCGUGUAUAUGGAGCCCUAUCUGAUCGACUACCAUCUGCAGAGGCACAACUUUUACCACCACACCUCUACAACCCAGACUGGGAGGGGGAUCAAAUAGAUAGUGAUGCUGGAGGGGUAGAUGGGGGUGGAAGAGGAAGAAAAUCAUUUUGCCCGGAUUUAAACUCUUUUAUACAGAUAAAAGUUGAGAAAGAUGAAUGAACUGUAGGAAAUAAACACAUAGGGGAUGGGGGUUGAAAUAAAUGUAAAAAAGCAACACUGACAAAUUCUGGAAAAAAGACAAAUGCUCAAAACAGUGUCUACUGAUAUGAACAAGAUAAAGGUACCAGUCCAGAGAUACCUAGAAGAGCUGUUCAUGUAACCACUUCAUUUGUUUUGUAAAAAAUAAAAUGUUGCUUAGAACAUUUUUAUUUUAUUUUAACACUGGAAAUUGUGACCUUUAUAGUGCCAUUAUCCUAUAGUGUUCUUUUUUUUUGUAUUUUGAAUCACCAUAAUAUAAAAAAUAAGAAAUAUUUGCCUAAAAUGUACUCUAUAUGAGAUAGCCUUCCACAUUUGAACAAUUUAAUGUAUAAAUGAAUGUAGAGCUGUGAAGGUUGACUAUUUGAUAAAUAUGCACCAUAGUGA